AAAAAAUAUCGAUCUCUACGAAUUUGGCGGAUAACUCCAUAAUUCCCAUCAUCAAUGGGACACCCUAUACAUGAUUAAAAUUAAUUAAAGGAAAAAAUCCAACAAAAUAGAGACUUAAAAUAAAUAUUUCCAAUGAUGCGAGGUAAAAUAAUAAGGUAUUUUUUUAUAUAGCCUCGACUUUGACAACAGUCUUUUGUCAGCUUUCAAUCUUUCGAUUUUCAGCAGAAUAGUUUAUUUUUUACCAAAAAUGAUUAUUUCUUUGUGUUUAAUUGGUUUUUGUACAUGUGCAUUUUAUCUGCAUUUUGUUUAUCGCAACUGGCAGUAUCUCAAGUUUUCUUGGCAAGUGAAAAAUGGUUUCUGGUAUCCUAUAUUGCCUCUAAUUGGUACCAUGUAUGUCAGUUUAUUUUCUGAGUCUAUAAAUAUAAUGUCAUUGAUGCAAUGGAUCGACAAAAUCAAAGGUUUUCCGUUCAGUUUAUGGGACGCCGACAAGUACAUCUACAUAACCAAAGACACCAAAGAAGUGAAAAUCUUUGUGAACCAUCCGAAAUGCGUCAACAAAGCACCAUUCUACGAUAAGUUGAAGUUUAUUUUCGAUGAUUCUAUUUUUGUAGUGCCUGAGGAAAUAUGGAAGAAACAACGUAAACAUUUUGGAAUGGGUUUCAAAUCAAGCAUUUUGAAGAAUAACGUUUAUGUUUACUAUAAUCACAGUUGCCGAAUGAUUGAAGAUCUAAAAUAUGUUGAAACUCCUAAAGAUAUCUUCCGGUAUUUUGAUAGGUACUCCGUUCAAAGCUUUUUUUUGGGCAAUACAGGCAUAAGCAAAUACCUAUCUUCAUUUGAAAUGGAAAAAGUGGGCGAUAUCAUAUUGGAGAUUCAAGAUCUUCUUAACUCAUUGAUCAUCAUACCGUUUAUCAGUCCCAAAUUAUGGCUCGCGAUUUUUCCUGCCGGUAAAAAAAUCAAAAAAUUACUAGAAGAAUCUAAGGAGAUCACGAAAUAUGGAAUCGCACAAAAGAAAAAAAUGCUUCGAGAAAAUCAGGAAUAUCGUGAAAAUAGCAAAGAUAUUUUGGAACUAUGUUUAAUUUACAACCCAAACGACUCGGAUGAUAAGAUUAUGCGACAAGUGGCUUUCUUUGCUUCAGCUGGCAGCGAUACCACAGGAUAUGCGCUCACCUUCACUUUUGUAUUAUUGGGAAUGCAUCAAGAAAUACAGGAAAAAGUUUACAAGGAAGUAAUGGAAGUAGUGGGCGAUAAAGAUAUAACGCAUCAAGACUUGCCGAAUUUGAAAUACACCGAAGCCACAAUUUGCGAAACAUUGAGAUUAUUUCCAGUAGUGCCGGUCAUAGGCAGAAGCUGUGACGAAGACAUCGAUUUAGGUACAAAAAUAAUUCCAAAAGGCUCCUCCUGUAUAUUCAGCAUCUUACAUUUGCACAGAGACCCGCAAUACUGGCCAGAUCCAUUAAAAUUCGAUCCAUCUAGAUUUUUGCCAGAAAACCAAUCAAAAAUUAAUCCAUCUUCUUUUAUGCCGUUUUCAGCUGGACCCAGAGAUUGUAUAGGGAAAGCCCAGGCAUUGGUAAAUCUGAAAGUGACCAUAGCCAACGUUGCCAGACACUUCAAAAUAACAUCGAAUCAUCGAAGUAUUCAAGAAUUCUCUUUGCAAUCCUGCCUGACCAUGAAAACAAGAGAAAGUCCUCAUUGCUGUUUUUCUGCUAGAAAAAAGUAAUAGAAUAUUUUUAUUAUUAUUAUUUCCGAACACACAUGAAUGGACAUUCCCAAUGCUUCAAUUUUCUAUUUUAUAACGAAAACAUGCAAUGUAAGGCAUUCCCUUUACUGUAGCAAGCGUACUGUAAAAUCAGUCUUAUUAUAAUACGCCUAUAGGCUUUCUCAAUACGAAUAGGCAUAUUCGUAUUAUAAUACCUACUUCUCAAGUAAUUAUAGGAAUAUUAUAAUAUAAUAAUCAAACAACCAAUAAACGAUCAAAAAAUUUGUUUUAUUUCAGGGUAACAAAUAUCUAAUAGAGUAAAUUUAUUAUUAGUUAAAUUUCCAUAUCAAAAUAUGUAACACCUCUGUACCUUAAGGUAUUAUUUUUCUUUAAUAUAUUUAAUUAAGAAUUACUUUUAGCCCAAGAAAUUUAUGUGUUUUUCAAAAAAAUUUGCGAGGGCAGGCUGAUUUUUUCAAGGCUGAUUGGAGACUGUGUCCUGAGUAUUGAGCCAAAAAAUCACACUCGAAAGCCUUGUGCGUUCGGCCCUAUUGGCCUUUUUCUUAUUUAUUUUUUUUCGACAAAAUUACCUUAACAAAACUUGUAGAUAAUAACAUUCUGAUCCACUUUGCCUCAUGCCUUCUUUUGCUAGCUAUUUUAGUUUAGGCGUUGCGGCCAUUUUAGUGCUCCAGAAUUCGCAUUAAAAUUAAAUAGCAAACCUGCAGAUUAUUGCAACUUUAAUAAAAUUAAUUAGGUAACGGCCCAAUUAAGGACCGAUUGAGAAGUGUUUUAUCUCUGCAAGACCAUCCGUGGACGCGUUUCGCUGUAUCACAGCUCAUCAGCACAAUUUAGGUCCCGCAGAGAGAAAAC